UCUGGUGACGCCUUCUGUACAAAUUCGGCGUUAGCGGGAUUUUCAGGAGUCUUUCGCGGGUUCUUCUGCAAACCUGAAGAGUCUGCGUCCACCUGCACGUCGUGAAGCCGCGGAGAAGUUCAACUUUGGUCUACCGUUAUCCCAGGAGACGGGGAACACAACCUUUCACCAUGAUGUUUGUGAUCAAAAGAGAUGGACGCCAGGAGCGCGUCAUGUUUGAUAAAAUCACCUCCCGCAUACAGAAGCUUUGUUACGGGCUGAACGCAGACUUUGUGGAUCCGACUCAGAUCACCAUGAAGGUGAUCCAGGGUUUGUACAGCGGCGUCACCACCGUGGAGCUAGACACACUAGCUGCAGAGAUUGCGGCCACCCUGACCACCAAACAUCCUGACUAUGCCAUUCUCGCCGCACGGAUUGCUGUCUCCAACCUGCACAAGGAGACCAAGAAGGUGUUUAGUGACGUGAUGGAAGACCUGUACAACUACAUCAACCCCCUGAACAAAAGCCACUCCCCCAUGAUUUCCAAACAGACGCUCGACAUCGUUCUGGAGAACAAAGACCGCCUCAAUUCCUCCAUAAUUUACGACAGAGAUUUCUCCUACAACUUCUUCGGGUUCAAGACUCUGGAGCGCUCUUAUCUGCUGAAGAUCAACGGGAAAGUGGCCGAGCGCCCGCAGCACAUGCUCAUGAGGGUGUCUGUCGGGAUCCACGGGAAAGAUAUUGACGCUGCCAUCGAGACCUACAACCUGCUGUCAGAGAAGUGGUUCACCCACGCCUCUCCGACCCUUUUCAACGCCGGAACCAACCGGCCGCAGCUGUCCAGUUGCUUUCUGCUCACCAUGAAGGACGACAGCAUCGAGGGCAUCUAUGACACCCUGAAGCAGUGCGCCCUUAUUUCCAAAUCCGCUGGUGGGAUCGGCGUGGCAGUGAGCUGCAUCAGGUCAACGGGAAGCUACAUCGCCGGCACCAAUGGCAACUCCAACGGGCUGGUCCCGAUGCUGAGAGUUUACAACAACACCGCUCGCUAUGUCGACCAGGGCGGCAACAAGAGACCCGGAGCCUUCGCCAUGUACCUGGAGCCGUGGCACUUUGACGUGUUCGACUUCCUGGAGCUGAAGAAGAACACAGGAAAGGAGGAGCAGAGAGCCAGAGACCUGUUCUACGCCUUGUGGAUCCCCGACCUGUUCAUGAAGAGAGUGGAGGCCAACCAGGACUGGUCCUUGAUGUGUCCCAAUGAGUGUCCCGGGCUGGAUGAGUGCUGGGGGGAGGAGUUCGAGAAGCUCUAUACUAAAUAUGAGAAAGAAGGGAGGGUGAAGAGGGUGGUGAAGGCUCAGCAGCUGUGGUAUGCUAUCAUUGAGUCCCAGACUGAAACCGGAACGCCGUACAUGCUCUACAAGGACGCUUGCAACAGGAAGAGCAACCAGCAGAACCUGGGCACCAUCAAAUGCAGCAACCUCUGCACGGAGGUGGUGGAGUACAGCAGCAAUGAUGAGGUGGCGGUCUGUAACCUGGCCUCCGUUGCCCUCAACAUGUACGUCACACAUGAACGGACUUUUGACUUUAAGAAACUGGCCUCUGUCACCAAAGUAAUCGUGAAAAACCUGAACAAGAUCAUCGACAUCAACUACUACCCAGUUCCUGAAGCCGAGAGGUCCAACAAGCGCCACAGGCCGAUCGGCAUCGGAGUCCAGGGUUUGGCGGAUGCCUUCAUCCUGAUGCGGCAUCCAUUCGAAAGUCCUGAGGCUCAGCUGCUCAACAUCCAGAUCUUCGAGACCAUCUACUAUGCUGCCCUGGAGGCCAGCUGCGAGCUGGCGGCAGAGCUCGGCCCCUACGAGACGUACGAAGGCUCGCCCGUCAGCAAGGGCAUCCUCCAGUACGACAUGUGGGACAAGACUCCAACCGACCUGUGGGACUGGAAGCUGCUCAAAGAGAAGAUCGCCAAACACGGCGUGAGGAACAGCCUGCUGCUGGCCCCCAUGCCCACAGCUUCCACAGCCCAGAUCCUGGGCAACAACGAGUCCAUUGAGGCCUACACGAGCAACAUCUACACCCGCAGGGUCCUCUCCGGAGAGUUCCAGAUUGUGAACCCUCACCUUCUGAAGGAUCUGACGGAGCAGGGGCUGUGGAACGAGGAGAUGAAGAACAAGCUGAUCGCAAGCAACGGAUCCAUUCAGGACAUCAGUGAGAUUCCAGAUGAUCUGAAGCAGCUGUAUAAGACCGUUUGGGAAAUCUCCCAAAAGACCAUCCUGAAGAUGGCUGCAGACCGCGGUGCCUUCAUCGAUCAGAGCCAGUCUCUGAACAUCCACAUCGCAGAGCCGAACUACGGGAAACUGACCAGCAUGCACUUCUACGGCUGGAAGCAGGGUUUAAAGACGGGAAUGUACUACCUGAGGACGAAGCCCGCCGCCAACCCCAUCCAGUUCACCCUGAACAAGGAGAAGCUGAAGGAGGGUCAGCAGAGCAGGGUCUUGGAGCAGGAGAUCAAGGACAGGAACAAAGCCGCCAUGGUUUGCUCUCUGGAGAACAGAGACGAGUGCCUCAUGUGUGGAUCUUAGGGCGCUCCUCUGUCCUGUAGGCACACCUGCUGAGACUUGAAGCUGUGCCUCAUGUUAGAAAUGCUCCUCUUAGCUCUUCAUACUUGUUCUUUCACCUAGGUGGAUUUCUGAUGUUUCCUAACGUUUAUAGGAUUAAUUUUAUCAACUAUGUUUACUGCAGUGGGAAAAAAAAAGAAUUUUGUUUGAAAUGGAAAUAAAUUUGCAAUAAAACAAAA